AUGGCCAACAAGAAGAGCAAGUCCUCCCACGCCGCACCUGUGACAGCGUCGUCUGCGGCCAAAGACAAGAAGGCCGUCGCCGCUGCGGCUGCGGCUGCGGCUGCGGCUGCGGCUGCGGCUGCGGUAACGCGUGAGCAAAGAACCCACAUCUUGCGGCCGCUUACGGGCGUCAGCAUUCGUCCUCCACGAACCAGACUGACCGAUUCCCCACUGUUCGAAUGGCCAGCCGCAAGUUCGCCCAAGAUGAAAGCCACCACUCUUCCCCAGUCGGACGAUGAGAAGCAGUCCUCCACGAAGGACGAGGACGAGGACGACGAGGAGGGGGACAAGGCCGUGUCUGCUUCCACGGCUGCACCCAUCAAAGUCAACAACGCCUCCUUGACCGAACUCAAACUGGCCGUCGAUGACCUCGUCAAAGAGGUCAGCUCAGCUCCUCCGCAUCAUCAUCAUCAGUAGCCUGGGUGACGUGGCAUGGGGUGCCUCCCGCGACAACUGUCCAGAACUAACCCCCCCACUCUCCUAUCAUUCCCCCGCCGUGCGCUCCCUUUCACCGCUACACCAGUUCUUCAGUCGACCCUCGCAUUUUACCCCUUCCCAUACCCACGAAGACGUGCGUCUCAUCCUCGGUUGGUCAGCCGUGGUCGUGUCCGCCAUUACGGGUUAUUACGGUUACGUCGUCGAGUUCCAUCGGUCCAAGUUUGGGUGCGCGAUCGGCGUCAUCGUGUAUGUUCUCUUGUCGAACUUGUGAGGGGAGACUGACCUGGUCAGCUGAUGAGUUGAUUCGGUGAUCUAGUUACUCGAUCCUGAAUACGUUGUACUGGCUCUACGUCACCUACGUCGAGAAGCAAACCAUCUUUCAAGGCAAACGAAGGACCUUCGCUUCCAGGGUAAGCUUUCCCCCCUCCACCCCUCCUCCCGAGCCCUUUUUUCUCCCUAUCGUACACGUCCACACUCAUCCAUCCCCAAUCCUGAAACCGUACCCGCACCCGUACACGCACAGAUCUCUACCGAAACGAUAUCCCUCUCCUCCACUGCCCGUUCGAUCCCUCAAGAACCGUACAACUUUCCCUUCUCCCACUGGACCAAGACUAAAACCCCAAACCCCACCGACCCCACCGCCGCCGCCGCCGCCGAUUACCCCCUCUACACUCUCCACCUUUCCUACGUCCAUACUUCCAACAACGGCAAGUCGCUCAUUCGUUCUUUCGAAAAAACCUUGACCAAGUCGUUCAGCGAAUGGGUAGAUUCGCAAGGCGUGAUUCAUAAGCGUAUUUUGGAAAACGAUUUGCAAGCUUUGUUGAGCGAAUGUUUGGAGGGUUAG